CCGGCGGAGGAGGACGCGCAGGAUGUCGCUGCUAUUGCGCGGGCUGCGCGGGGCGCUGCCCAGGGCGGGGCUGCGGUGGCAGCACCGUGUGGCGGUCGAGGUGGCCAAUGAGCCGGUUCUGGCAUUUCUGCCCGGCAGUCCUGAACGAGCGGCCCUCCAGAAGGCUUUAGGUGACCUGAAGGGCAAGACAGAAUCCAUCCCAUGCGUCGUGGGGGGAGAGGAAGUGUGGACGGCUGAUGUGAGGUACCAGGUGUCGCCUUUCAACCAUUCGCACAAGGUGGCCAAAUACUGCUACGCCGAUAAGGAGCUGCUGAACCGGGCCGUCAACGCCGCUGUGGCCGCCCGCAGGGAAUGGGACCUUCGGCCCGUCCAGGAGCGGGCCGCCAUCUUCUUCAAAGCUGCCGACUUGCUGAGCGGCCCCCGGCGAGCGGAGGUCCUGGCCAAGACCAUGAUCGGGCAGGCCAAAACGGUCAUCCAGGCAGAGAUAGACGCGGCCGCGGAGCUGAUCGACUUCUUCCGUUUCAACGCCAAGUACGCCGUGGAGCUGGAGGCACAGCAGCCGAUCAGUGUCCCCCCCAGCACCAACAGCCUGGUCUAUCGGGGCCUUGAGGGCUUUGUGGCUGCGGUCUCCCCCUUCAACUUCACCGCCAUCGGAGGGAACCUGGCGGGGACUCCGGCGCUGAUGGGGAAUGUGGUCCUUUGGAAGCCCAGCGACACGGCCGUGCUCUCCAGUUACGCCGUCUACAAGAUCCUCCUGGAAGCCGGGCUGCCUCCCAACAUCAUCCAGUUCGUCCCGGCUGACGGCCCCGUCUUUGGGGACACGGUGACCAGCUCGGAGCACCUCUGCGGAGUCAACUUCACCGGCAGCGUGCCGACCUUCAAGCGCCUGUGGAAACAGGUCUCCUCCAACCUGGACCGGUACCGCAACUUCCCACGGCUCGCGGGGGAGUGCGGCGGCAAGAACUUCCACUUCGUGCACGCCUCGGCUGACGUGCCCAGCGUGGUGAGCGGGACGCUGCGCUCGGCCUUCGAGUACGGCGGCCAGAAGUGCUCGGCCUGCUCCCGCCUCUACGCCCCCGACUCGCUCUGGCCCCACAUCAAAGCCGAGCUGCUGCAGGAGCACCGCAAGAUCAAAGUGGGCGACCCGACGGAGGAUUUCGGAAUCUUCUUCUCCGCUGUGAUCGACAACAAGUCUUUCGAGCGCAUCCGGAAGUGGAUCAGACACGCCGAGACGUCGCCCAGCCUGAGCAUCCUCGCCGGGGGCGGGUGUGAGGACCAGGUGGGAUAUUUCGUCCAGCCGUGCAUCAUCGAGACGACUGACCCCAAGGACCCCAUCAUGGAGGAGGAGAUCUUUGGGCCGGUCCUGACCGUGUUCGUCUACCCGGAGAAGCAGUACAAGGACAUCCUCCGGCUCAUUGACGGCACUUCCCCGUACGGCCUCACGGGGGCGGUGUUUGCCCAGGAUAGGGCCGUCCUGGCCGAGGCGAGGGAGCUGCUGAGGAACGCCACGGGCAACUUCUACGUCAACGACAAGUCCACCGGCUCCGUGGUGGCCCAGCAGCCCUUUGGCGGCUCCCGCAUGUCAGGAACGAACGAUAAGCCGGGGAGCCCCCACUAUGUCCUGCGAUGGACGUCUCCUCAGGCCAUCAAAGAAACCCACGCUCCCCUGGGGGACUGGAGGUAUCCCUACAUGCAGUGACGAGCCUCCAGCAGCGCCUUCCACCGCAGUCGGAUUACUGACGCACGGAGUUGCAGAUCUGCUGCGGAAAUCUCUCGCGAUGCACUUCCCGGUACCCCUUCCUGCCGCGUUGCUUGUUGGAGGCCGUCGGUCGGUCAAAUCUCACCUUGUGCCUUUGGAAAUGAAGCUCUCGGAGUGAAACGGAGCCUGAGAAGGACCCCCAAAUUUGAAUAUUAUCUUCUGCCGUCCAAGAAGAGUGUGUGAACGUCCAACGAUGUGACCCCAAGUUCCUAAAAUUCUAUUGCAUUCUCUCUUUUCCAUCCUAAAUGUUGCCGCCCCUGCAUGUAAACGCACAUACGCACACAGCCAGACGUCGGCGGAACAUUUUCCCAGCCGGGGCGGCUGAGCAAAGUUUGGUUCGCGGAGGAUUGGAAGAAGCAAUUUGAAAUAAUAAUAUAUGGUCUAGGGUUCCUCUCUCGGUCCGAAUGCUGCUAUGCCCGUGUUUUAUGUGAAAGAUCUCUGUACAUAUUUUUAUAACAGAAUUAUAUGCUUCUGAAUUCUCAACACUGGAUAUGCUCCGAAAAACAAGGCCUGCACAGAGCAGCGACACUGGCUCAGUAAUUCGCUCCUGGAGCUUUUGGGCUCCUGAACUGGCAGUGGCUGCAUCAGAGAUGGGAUGGAUUGAAUUCUGGACGAUGAACUCGAAAGUCUUGCUUGCAUGUGGAACGGAGACGUGUGAGUUAUCUGGGUUUGCAGCCCAGCCCGAGUUGGAUGGGUGGUGACGAUUUUGUGCCCCGCCGGACGAGUUGCUCCUUGCGCUUGAUCGUUAAUUUCCGCAAUUAAAGGCUUCUGGGAAGGAAAGAAA